AGAAAAACCCCAACUGCAACCAACCACAACUUCCAAGACAGUCAAGUGAUGGACAACUCAGCCAAGAUUCGACAGGCGUACGAGGAUGCUGGACAGGCACAUGUGUUCAAAUUCUACGAGGAACUGAAGGACGAAGAGAAGCAAGAACUGCUCGCCCAAUUGGAAUCCAUAGAUCCUCAGAGGGUCAACCAAAUCUUCAAACAAUCGACCUCCAAAACCGGCUCAGGAGCUGACGAGCCCAGUGCCGAGAAGAUCGAUCUCGAGCCGCCCCCAAAGGAUAGUCUCGAAUCCAUCAUCGACCUCAGUAAACCAGAGAUCAAACAGAACGUCUCCCAAUGGGAAUCACUCGGAUUCAAGUCGAUCAAGGAACAGAAGGUCGCAAUCCUGCUAUUGGCAGGCGGUCAAGGUACCAGACUGGGUAGCAAUGAUCCCAAGGGAUGUUAUAAUAUCGGAUUACCUAGUCAGAAAUCUUUGUUUCAAAUCCAAGCCGAAAAAAUCAUCAAAUUACAAGAGUUGGUCGGCGGCUCAUCCAUCAUUCCAUGGUACAUCAUGACAAGUGGACCCACUCGCAAACCAACCGAGGAAUACUUUAUCAAGAUGAAUUAUUUCGGACUAAAGAAAGAGAAUGUGAUCUUUUUUGAACAAGGUGUUUUACCGGCUCUCACUCCAGACGGCAAGAUGUUUUUAGAAACGCCUUCAAAGGUGUGCGUCGCGCCGGAUGGGAACGGAGGGUUGUAUGCCGCAUUAAGAUCAUCGACAAGCUGUUCGGCAGGUCGAUCUGUAUUAGAAGAUCUCAAGCACCGCGGAGCGGAAUACAUCCAUGCCUAUUGCGUAGAUAACUGUCUGGUCAAAGUAGCCGAUCCGAUCUUCUUAGGAUACUGUAUCGGUAAAAAGACCCCAUGCGGCGUCAAGGUCGUCCUCAAGUCCCAACCGAACGAAAGCGUGGGUGUCCUAGCACUCAAGAAUAAGCAGUGGUCGGUCGUGGAAUAUUCAGAGAUGCCGGAAUCGGUCGCUUCGAGCCGGGCCGAGAAUGGAGAGUUAAAAUUCAAAUCGGCCAACAUCGCAAACCACUUCUAUUCCUUAAAGUUCUUGGAAUCGAUCGAGUCCUUUGAAUCCAAAUUGGCAUACCACGUCGCGCACAAGAAGAUCCCACACAUCGAUUUGAAAUCCAAAGAGUUAAUCAAGCCCAGCCAACCCAACGGGAUUAAACUAGAACUCUUCAUCUUUGAUGUCUUCCCAUUUGUUGAUUCCUUAUCACUAUUGGAAGUCGACCGGAUCGAAGAAUUCUCUCCAUUGAAGAAUGCUCCCAACACGGGUACCGAUGAUCCUCAAACGAGCAGGCGAGACUUGCUUGCCCAACAGAAACGCUGGCUCGAAGCUGCUGGCUGCCAAUUCUCCAAGCCAGACCUCGAGGUCGAACUCAGUGCUCUCGUGACUUAUGCUGGCGAGGGACUCGAAUGCGUGAAGGGGAAAACAAUCAGUCAAUCGGUCUACAUCAAAUCUAAGGAUCAGUUGGAGAAACUUUGAUCAAUCAAAUCAAUCAUCAUGGACAGAGCGGCGAACACUUCUAUCAAUUCCAAUAGCACAUUUUUCAUCUGCCUUUUUUUUCUUAUUGUGAUCCUAUAUAGUAUGUAUGCGUGUCUUGGUCGAUCAAAAAAAGAGUAUUAAUGGUAUAUAUGCAGAAGUAAACAUAGAGACAUCUGAUUUGUUCCAUUGUAGUUCUUGAUCCAUUCAGUUUCAGCUUGGGAGCCAUCUUGUUAGAAUUGUGGAAUUGGAUUAAAAGCUCUUUGACUGGCG